GACAUUUAAUAAAAUUAAUUUUAUAAGGUUAUAGGUUAGAUUCAAUUACUAAACAAGAUUGUAGAUUAAAGUAAAUAGUUAUUUGUAAAAUGUUUAUUGUACUUUUCGUUUAAUGUUUUUAUAUAAUUUAUAAUAUUUUUUAUAAUAAUCAUUUCAUUGCAAUUAUGGAUACACAACUGGAAAGUUAUCACAGUAAUGAUUUAACCACUGAAGGUUUUGAUUUACACGCCGGAAAAUCGUGGAUUUACCCCACAAAUUAUCCAAUGCGUGAAUAUCAAUUUCGAAUAACACAAGAAGCUUUAUAUAAAAAUACUUUAGUUAGUUUACCAACAGGUUUGGGGAAAACUUUUAUAGCUUCAGUGGUGAUGUAUAAUUUCUAUAGAUGGUAUCCAUCAGGAAAAAUAAUAUUUAUGGCCCCAACAAGACCUUUAGUUAAACAACAAAUAGAAGCAUGUUAUGAUAUUACGGGGAUCCCACAGAAUGUAACUGCAGAAUUAACAGGGACGAAGGCUCAAAUUUCGCGGGAGGAAAUUUGGAACACUAAAAGAGUCUUUUUUAUUACACCUCAAGUUCUUCAAAACGAUAUAGACACCUUCCCUGACUUGUGUAAACAAAUUAAAUGUAUAGUGAUUGAUGAAGCACAUAAAGCAAGAGGAAAUCACGCCUAUUGCGAAGUUAUAAGAAAAUUACAUGUUCACUCAAAAUAUUUUAGAGUGUUAGCUUUAAGUGCAACACCUGGAAAUUCAACAAACGAUGUGAUUGAUAUGUCUAUGAAUUUAUUGAUUUCCCAUUUAGAAGUGAGAACAGAAGAAAGCCCCGAUGUUGCACCAUAUGUGUUUCAAAGACAUUUAGAAACAGUUGUUGUUCCUUUAGGUGGAAAAUUGGAAGAGAUGCGAAAUAAAUACUUGAGGGUUUUAGAAAGAUAUGUUAAAGUAUUAAAAGAUAACAAUAUCAUAACAGGAAAUUGUGCAAAUUUAACCAAAGGAAAAAUUUUUAUGACAUUAAAAGAUUUCAAUCUUCGUUCAAAGUAUCAAAGACAUCCUAAACAUAGUGAAAUAUCUAGAACUUUAACUAUUUGUAUUACUUUAUAUCACGGAUAUGAGUUGCUUAUUAGGCAUGGGAUGAGAGGAUUUCUAAAUUUUUUUGAAGAGCAUAGCAAAAAAUCACUAUUGGAAGGUAAUUCACAGUUGUUUGCUGUGAUGGAUGAAAUGCAACAAUAUAUUGGUCCUAGACCUGAUAUUUCUUUAUUACCUGAUGGAACAAUACCACAAAUUGAAACAAAUUCAAAAUUUGGUCAUCCAAAAUUUUAUAAACUCCGCAAUAUAUUACUCGACUACUUCGCAAUCGAUGAUAACAAAGAAUCCAAAGUAAUGAUAUUUAGUGAAUUUAAAGAGACCGUUUUGGAAGCAUACGCUAUGUUGAUGCAGCAUCCCCCAAUAAUUCGCCCUAAAUAUUUUAUGGGACAAGGAGCAAUAACACAAAAACAACAAAUUACGAUUAUUAAAUCGUUUAAAGAAGGAACUUGUAACGUAUUAAUUUCAACGUGUAUAGGAGAAGAAGGUUUAGAUAUUGGAGAAGUUGAUUUAAUAAUUUGUUUCGAUAUUUCGAAUAAAUCCCCGAUACGAUUAAUUCAAAGAAUGGGACGAACUGGAAGGAAAAAACAAGGGAAAGUAAUCAUUUUAGUAACGGAAGGGAAAGAACAGGAGUUAUUAAGGGAAGCUUUGGCGAAUAAAACAAAUUUAUCAACGAAUGUUUUAAAAUCAAAUGAGAUUCCAAAACAUUUAUACAAAGAAAAUCCGAAGAUGAUUCCCGAAAAUAUUUUUCCAAGUUGUAAUAAAAUGUUUAUUUCUGUUCCUAAAACCAUCACGAAGAAAAAAAGCGGGAACAUUAAAGAUAUGUUUAAUAAUAUAACUAAAAAUGAAACAGCUUCACAAAUCUUAAAAGACGUUGAAAUCAUUGAAAGUGAAGAAAUAAUUCCUUCUUCAGUGUUUUUAUGGAAUCAAAGUGAUCCUCUAAGCGAUGAUUUAAAACUUAUUGGUUAUAAUAAACCUUUGGAUAUUUUAAGAGUUUAUCAACCUGUAGAAAAUAUUAAACAUUCAAACGAUACAGAUAUUUUAGUUUCAUUAUUACAAUUCGUCGAUACUAAAAGAUAUAAUUUACCAAUUACACAACCAACAGUUUCAUCACAAAAUCAAAAUAAGAAACGGAAAAUAACUAAAAGUGAAUCUAACGAUAAUUUUAAACAAACAGAUAUACGAAAUUUAUUUAAUAAACCUAAAAUUAAUUCACUUGAAGUUGAAAAUGAAAUGGUCUUGGAAGAAAUUAAAGAAAAUGCCACAAAAAAGAAAAUCGAAACUCUUACACAAGAUUUAUUCUCAGAAAUAACUUUAUUCCUAAACAUUUGUUAUGAAGAAAAAAAAUUGUGCUAUUAUUGUGAAAAUACUAAUUUAUGUAAGCGUUUACCAAAAGAAGAAACGACCAAUUUUAAUCCAAUUGAUUUGUCCCAAUUGGAUAUUUCAUCUAUUGAGGCGUUAACAGAGAACGAUUUUGAUGCAUAUUUACAAGAUUUAAGAUUUAAGACGACAAUUCAAGAUUUAAAUGAUGUCGAUUUCGAGCAAUGUUUCGAUGAAGACAUUGUUUUUGACGAAGAAAGUAUACGAAUGGAAACUCCAAAGAAAGAAAAUACGUUUCAAUUCGAACCACCAAAGAGUAUUAAAAAAGUUAUUGGUUCGAUUAAUAAAACAUCUCAAUCGUGUUACACAGAAAAUGUUGAAUUAAUUGAUGAUGGUGGAGUAGAAAAAUGUUGUAAUGAUAACCUGGAGGUAUUUCAUUUAGAAAAUAUCGAUGAUUUAUUUGAUAUGAAUUGUUCUGAAGAAUCGCCCGUUCUUUUUGAUAGUUCUUUAGUUAUUGCAACGGAAGAGGGAGAGAAAAGAGAAGAUGAAAGAUCAUCAUCUCCAGUUCUUGGGACAUUUACUAAAAAGACACCGAAAAAACGCAAAGUUAAUUUAAAAAGCAAGUUAGAUUCGGCGUCAAAAUCAAGUUUUUAUGUCAAUAAAUCGAAUCGUAUUCAAAAUGAGGAUAAAAGUGUUGUUGAGAAUAAUAUAGAAGAUAAUAUUUAUUUGGGAGAAAGCAGAAAUAGUAAUCUUAGUAAUUAUAGCGAGGAUCUUUUUGAUAGCCCAAUAAAUACACCAAAAAGAUUAAAUUUAAAAUCACCUAUAAAAGACAACAAAAAAAAUUUUAAUUGGGAUGAUAAUUUUAAUGAAUCUCUUGAACUUGAAAAUGAAUUAAAAAAUGAAGAAAAUUAUUAUGAAAUAAACUCAACACAACAAAUCCUAUCGAAAAAAAGAAAGAAAUCUCAAGAUGGUGUUGAUUUAAACAUCGCUGAUCUUUGUGAUGAAUCAUUUUUUGGGGUUAUCCCUACAGUAAAAGAACCUAACAUAAAGAAGGCUAAAAUAGACGAAAAACAGGAAGAAGCAUUUUUCAGUUUGACCCAAGAAUUAAAAGAACCGAAAAUGAUUAAAGAAGAAGCAAAAAUUACCCAGAAAUCUCUUAAUUUGGAUGUUAUCUGUGAUGAAUCAUAUUUUGGAUUGACUCAAAAAUUAAAAGAACCGAAUAUAACUGAAGAAGAAGCAAAAAUUACCCAGAAAUCUCUUAUUUUAGAUGAUAUCUGUGACGAAUCAUUUUUUGGAUUAACCCAAGAAUUAAAAGAACCGAAAAUAAAUAAAGAAGAAGCAAAAAAUACCCAGAAAUCUCUUAAUUUAGAUGAUAUCUGUGAUGAAUCAUUUUUUGGAUUAACCCAACAAUUAAAAGAACCGAAAAUAAAUAAAGAAGAAGCAAAAAUUACCCAACAUUCUCUUAAUUUAGAUGAUAUCUGUGAUGAGUCAUUUUUUGGAUUGACUCAAGAAUUAUUAAAAGACUACAAAACGACUUUAAAAGAACCCCAAAAAGAAUCAUUUAAUAGUGUGUCUCAGAUAUUAAAUAAAUCUAUUCAAAUCUCAGCUAAUGAGAAUAUUAAUAAAGAAAGUUACCACGUGAAAGAAAAAUCAGCGGAUUCUAUUAAUUUAAAUAUUUCUGAUAUCUGCGAUAUGUCACUUUUUGAUUUAACCCAAAAACCAAAAGAAAAUUCACCAAAAAAUAUUGAUAAAUCAGACAAUGUUAUAAUAAUUGAAGAUUCUCCAAUUAAAAAUAAUUCCAACGAAUUAUUAAGUUCUGACGAUUCUUUAUCGCCUGUUUAUGAUUACACCAAUAAUAUUACAUCUCAAUAUCGGCGAAAUCGUAGUCAAAAGAAUGAUGAAAUUCAAGAAGAACGAUUAAGUCCCGUUUUAACCCAGAAAUUUAAAAAACCCAAUAAAUUUAAAUUAAAAUUACAAAAUUCAUGUGUUGAUAAAGAUAAUAAUUUAACUAAUCCUACAGAAAAUAAAACAAAUAAUUUAAAUAGUUUAGUAAACAGGGAUAGUAAAUCGAAUGAAUCUCAAUCUAGUAAUACAAUAACUUUCGAUUUAUUAGACGAUGAUAAUGCGUUUGAAAAUGUUUCUUAUAAAACACCAGUAAAAUCCACGUCAAGAAUAAAAUUAACGUUGAAAACACCGAGAUCUACUAAAAAGAUUACAAAAAAUACAAUUUCUUUGCUAAAUAGUGAGAGUGAAGAUGAAAAGACGCCGAAAUCCAGCAAAAAAAUUACGGGGAAAAGAAUUUCUUUUGCAAGUAGUGAUGAUGAAUUCGAAGAAGCACGGGGUUGGUGUCGAAAACAAUCACCGGGCGUAUCUAGAAGGAGAGAUGAAAGUAAUAUAGGAACAAAUCGAGGUUUACAUAAAAAAAAAUUGAAAAAUCCAUUUAUUGAUGAUGAAGCUGAAGAUACUUCAGAAGAAAAGGACUCUGAAGAUUUCGAAUUAGGUAGCACACAAGAUUCAUAUGAUGCCAGUUUUGUUACUCAAACCCAUGUAUUAAAUACGACAAGUAUGCACAUAAAGUAUUUAGAAUCUGUCAGAAGUCCUUUACAAUUAAAUGGGCGUUUUAAAAUUCCCGAGCGACCAAAAAAUCCCGAUAUCGAUGUCUUCUCCCAAAAAGAAAAUAUCGAAGAUAAUUCUUAUUUAGAGGAUUCAUUUUGUGUAAAUAUUUCCGAAAGUCAAUUACCCGUUGAGAAAGAUUUAAGCGAAUUAGAGAUAGCAGAAAGAAUUUUGGAGGAAAAUAAGAAACUUAAAAGAAAUAAGCAUAAAUGUAAAGAUAUUAAUUCCAACAAAACGAAAAAGAGGAGGAUAAUUGUUUUAAGUGAUAGCGAAUAAAAUGUAGCAUAUAAUAUUUUUGUUUUGACACAUUUUAAAAAAUUCAAAAAAGAUAAUUUUAAAACCAACCAGAUCUAAAUAAUCUAAUCGCUACCGUUGAAGUAAUCAUUGAAAUUAUUUCGAGAUUAGUCAAGGAACAAAUGUUGCCAAAAAUGUAAUUAUUUUUAUAAAUCUUAAAAAAAGAAUGAAAACGGCGGAUAUUUAAAAAAAUACAUUUCACAUCAACACAAAUAAAAUACUGAUUCGAGGAAUGUAACGAGAGAUUCUUAAGAGUAUCAGAAGACCCAUCGUUUUGUCACUGGUGGUCAAAAAAAUAAUAAUCGUAAUUAGCUGCCUUAAGAAAAUUUACUAAUUUAAUUUUCCAGCCAAAUAAUUUUUAAA